UCAUUAAAUCUGACGCACUUCUGGUCUGUUGGGCGUCGGUGGAGUUUUUGUCCAAAUGAGUGUGUUAUUGUUGUAUCGCAUCGGCUGUCAGGCUUUUCUUUCCUUAGGUUCCAGCUGGAUGUUGAAAGCCAACGUGAACACUAACGAUGUUCUUUGGUAGACGAAGGCAAUAAUGGCGACAUGGGUAGUGUUCGGUUGCGGUGAAAAGAUGCACGCCUAGCAUACAGCGACGUCCGAACUAACGGCUUCAUGAAGCUGCCUACUGCCCACAAGUAGCUUACAAAAAGUGUCAAUCUGUGUCAACAAUGGAGGUCUCUCAGGUGACCCUGACUGUGAGAGGAGAAACAUCUCCAGGGGAGGUAAUUGCCGUAGUUGGAAGCUGUGAAGCGUUGGGCUGCUGGAGCCAUGAAAAAGCAGCAACCUUGCACCCCCACAGUGACGAAGGGAGUACAUGGACGACAACGCUUGCCAUCCCCAUGGGAGGUGUCGUAAAAUAUCGCUAUUUUAAAGGAUUCUUUCUGGAGUCAAAGAGUGCAGGCGGUCCUUGUCAGGUGAUAGUCAAUAUGUGGGAGACCCAUCAUCAGCCCCGCAGCUUGAGCCCCACAGCAUCUCACCUGAGUGUAAGCGAUGGCCAUUUUGGAAUACACAACGGGGUGAAGUGUGUCGACAAUGGUUGGUUGACGUGCCAGACGGAGAUUCGCUUGCGUCUGCACUUUUCCAAGACAUCUCCGGUGUCUAUCACUAAGAAGAAGUUUAAGAAGUCUCGCUUCAGGAUCAAAUUGACCCUAGAGGGCAUCGAGGAAGAGGAAGAAGACGAGGAGGAAGACAUAAAAAGCCCCUCAGCCCUGCAAAAGAUAACCACCACUAUGGAGAUUAGCAUGAUCACCGCUAAAGCCUACAAGUCGCGCCACUCUCAACCUGAGUGCGGUUAUGCCCUGGAGCCUUCGCGCUGGACCGAGUACAGCAUCCACACCAUGGACCCUGACAAUCUGGAGCUCACCUUUGAGUUCUUUGAGGAGGAGCUGAGUGAGCCCGUGGUCCAGGGCGACGCUCAGCCGGGUCACGUGGGCACCGCCUGCCUUCUCUCGUCCACCUUCCGGGAAAGCGGCAAGGACAACGGCGUGGUCACGCUGCCCAUCAUGGGACGCAAUUCCCGGCAGACCAUCGGCAAAGUCCGAGUGGACUACCUGGUGAUCAGGCCCAUAGCGGGGCUGCAGUGCGACAUGAGAGCAUCCUUCACCAAAUACUGGAAAAAAAGAAGCGCUCUGGAUGUGGGGCACAGAGGAGCUGGCAGCUCGCACGCCGCCAAGCACCACAAAGUGCGAGAGAACACCAUUGCCUCGUUCAAAAGCGCCGCCGAGCAUGGCGCCCCUUAUGUGGAGUUUGACGUCCACCUCUCCAAGGACGCUGUUCCCAUCGUGUACCACGACCUUACCUGCUGCAUCUCUACCAAGAAGAAAAACAACCAGACUCUGGAGCUCAUUGAGGUGCCAGUGAAAGACCUGACAUUUGAUCAGCUGCAGCUUCUGAAGCUGGCUCAUGUUGCUGCCUUGAAGGAAAACGAUCUAAAAGACAUACUGGAAGACGAGGAUGAGAUUGAUGAGCAUCAGCCCUUCCCGUCGCUUUCGCAGAUUUUCCAGGCCCUUCCUGAACACGUGGGCUUCAACAUUGAGCUGAAGUGGAUCUGUCAGAUGAAGGACGGGUCAUGGGACGGCAACAUGUCAACCUUCUUCAACGUGAACAAGUUCCUAGACAUCAUCCUGUCUUGCGUUCUGCAGAAUGGAGGCAAAAGACGUGUAGUGUUCUCCUGCUUUGACCCUAAUAUCUGCUCCAUGGUGCGCCACAAGCAGAACAAGUACCCAAUCCUCUUCCUGACUCAGGGAAUCUCCAAGAUGUACCCGGAGCUGAUGGACAUCCGCUGCCAGACCACAGAGAUUGCCAUUAGCUUCGCCCAGAGCGAAGACAUCCUGGGAAUCAGCGCUCACACUGAAGAGCUGCUGACAAACCUGAGCCUGAUCGGGGAGGCGCAGAGCAAAGGCCUGGUGGUCUUUAGCUGGGGCGAUGACAACAACGAGCACGAGAACAGGAAGCGGCUGAGACAGCAAGGCAUCGACGGCCUCAUCUAUGACAGGAUCUGUGAGGACCAAGGAGAGCAGCCCAACAUCUUUAAGGUGGAGGAGCAACACUCCCUGCAGGAGGUGAUCACAGAGGAGACCCUCAAGAACUGCGCCUGCUCCUGCUAUUCCAUCCGUUGCUCUACAGCGCCGUGCGUCGCCUCCAAGGAGCGGGCCGGGAGCGCUGAGUCCGACUCUGGCCUCAGCUCCUCGUAGCACACUCCUCGUCCUCACAAAAGGGUUUGUGUACAUUAUUAUCAUCAACAAAGCAAUUUUUGAGUAGACAUUAGCAUAUAAUACUCUUUUAAAACACUUCUAUGAAUGCGCACAAGUCUGCUGUCGCGUAAUAUGAUUGCAGUGAGAAGUAGUGCUGAGGACAGACAUCUAUCAAGCAGGGAUAUUACAUAUGUGACAUGAGCCAAUACGUUGUAUCGAUUCAUAGUGCAUGCAAUACAAAGCAGGUGCCAUUGUUUGUUUGUGUGUGCAUUUAGCCAUUACCUUAAGACAGGGGUGUUUUAACAUAGCACAUUUCUUAAACAACUAAAUGUUUAUUGUAUAAAAAAUCAAUGGGAGCUCUUAAUUGUUACAUAUUUAUGCGUCUUGGUGCACAUGAAGAUGGAACUCUAGAUUUUGAUUUCCGUCUAAUAAAUAAAACUUUACUUAAAAACCCUUUUUAUAAAUAUGCUUUUGCACAUAUUUGGACACUGUUGUGGCUAAAUAACACAUUUAGCAUGUCCAAUAUUGAUGUUGCUCAUGUUACAAAGCUGUAUAGUAUGGGUUUAUUGACUAUGAUAUCAAGUUAUUAUUAACCAAACACAGCAAUAACCCAAUUGCCCCUGGUACUGCUGGCAUAAAAGGUUAGAAAAACUUUUUUUUUUCUAAAAACCGCAGCUGAAGCGGAGACUGUUUUUUUUUUUAGAUAUAUUUAAGUGCUUAGCAUUUCUUAACCUACAUAUGAUGGAUGUUUUUGAUUAACAAAAAAUAAAGAAUAUCUAAUUGGUCCCCGCUAUGUUUUAUUUUUUAGGAAAUUAAUUUGAACACCCCUGCCUUAACGCUUCUUUUGAUUGAGCAACUAUGUAAUUGGUAGUUGAUAUAUUUUAAGUUGUGCUUUUUCACACAAUUGUUCAGGUUGCCAUUUAUGGACUUGUUAACUUGAAGGAUGUGAAAAAAGUUCCACAUGUCAGCAUUACCUUUUAGACUAUCAGUGUUUGAGCUGGUAUCUGAUUUCAUGUUAUAAAGUUCACAUUGUACAGCCUUACAGUAUAAUGGCAGGUGGGGGACUAAUUUUAUUUUUUUUUCUGUUACAAUAUUACUGUUUCCCUCAGUAUUCAUCACUUAUUGCAGAGCUUCACAGAUCCACUUUAUUGCAGGGCAGUGUAUCUUCUGGAAAUUACACUUGCAGUGAAAUAAUGUAUGGUUGUUACAUUUACACCAGUGGAGUAGUCACACAUCAGGGUGUGAAGAAGUGUGCAUCCCUGCGUAAAUGAAAUAAACUUUUUGGGCGG